AGAGAGCAUUAGAAUACAAAAUAAAGUUUUUUUUAACAUCCCGUAAAGCUGUAGACAAUCAUAGCUAACUUUCUCCUUUGCCAUGCUUGCCCUUUACUUUAUUUUUUUCCCUUUCAUUUCUUCUUUUUCCACUCUCCUCCUUCCUCCAGAAAAAAAUUACAUCAGCUUUCAACAGAUUCCUCUCUAUCUUUUGAGACUUUCGCUGUGUUAAACAAGGAAAAGAUUUCUUUACGAUUUCCGGAAAUCUUUUCUUUGCCAAACCAUUCCCCCCCCUCUCUGUGUUCAUCAAAAAGGGGAAAAAAAUAAGAAUGGGGACAGCGAAAGUCUCAAAUUCCAGCUCCGAGGAUCAAAAUGUGAGUAACUACAAUGAAACUGAUGUGAUUGUGAAUGUUUAUGAUCUCACUCCUCUCAAUAAUUACUCUUAUUGGGUUGGUUUCGGGAUUUUCCACUCCGGUAUUGAAGUUCAUGGGAAAGAGUAUGGGUUUGGGGCCCAUGAUUUUCCUGUUAGUGGAGUUUUUGAAGUGGAACCAAAGAGCUGCCCUGGUUUUAUCUAUCGAUCUUCCAUCUUGUUGGGGCGCAUAAACAUGCCUUAUUCUGAAUUCAGAGAAUUUAUCGAGAAUGUAGCUUCCGAGUAUCAUGGAGAUACCUACCACCUAAUCUCCAAGAACUGUAACCAUUUUACAGAUGACAUGGCACAGAGAUUGAUAGGCAGACAUAUCCCUGGGUGGGUGAACCGGAUGGCUCGACUAGGCUCUUUAUGCAGCUGUUUGCUUCCUGAAAGCCUUCAAGUAACUAAAGUAAAAGAGUUACCUGAAUACCACGAAAUAGAUGGAACUGAAUCUCUCUCAACCGCUACCCCUGGCGAUUCAACAGAAAUUGAUGAUACGGACCAAGAGAAGCACUUGCUCUCACCAAAAGACGGAAAUUCCGAUAUAGCUUUCAUCAAAGAAGCUCAAUCGUGAUUGCGAGACAGCCUUCACCAAAUUGGAAGCAGAUGUUCUUGUUAGUUGUUAAGACCAUGAAUGCAUGCCGUUUUGUUUCGACGUAUGUAAUUAUUUCUCCAUUUUUGGUGUCGUUCAUUUUUUACCCAUGGUUAUUUGUUUGGAGAAGAAGAAUUUGGCAUUUGAAACAUAAUUUGUUGUUAAUGCUUUUGUACGAGUGGUUGCAUUGAACUCAUGGACCUUAAAUUGGAUUUGCAGAUAAAUUUAUUGUGAGCUUCA